AUGUCUGUCACGUGUACAGAAACCUUGCCCUCCCACCUGCGCGGAUCCUUCGCCUCCGGCUCUCCUCGACCCGACACCAUCGGCCUCAGCCGCUCCCACACCUUCGGGCUCGGCCGCUCCGUCGAUGCGCACCCUGGAUCUCCUACAGCUCCCGAGACGCCUGAGGAGCGGAUGGCUCCGUUGCCGUCGCUCUGCCUCGUGAUGUACUCAGGGUUCUUGGCAACCUUGGCCUUGGACAUUGUGGUCACGACCGUCGACGGGUAUUCCAAAAAACUAGAGGCAGGGGCGCUGUUCACUGGACUUGUCAUUGCUUUGACGCCUCUUUUCCAAGGCUUGAUCGGGGUCCCUCUAAAUCGCUGGAUGUUGAAAUCGGCUUCCAUGAAGACCGUGAGUAUUCUAAUGGCUGCUGGCAUGGUCGUAGGGCACAUCAUCUAUGCCCUUGCCGGGCUCAUGCACUCCAAGAAGGCUAUCCUUUUCGCACGCGCCGUCAUUGGCAGCUGUCAGUUCAACCUGGGUGCGCCGAUCUACAUUGCGCAGGCAGUGGGUGUCAAACGGCGGACACCGGUGUUGUUCAUGUACUCUGCGGUGGCUACCUCGGCAUUGGCCGCGGCUCCAGCUGUUUCCGGUUUGCUAGAGACCUUCCUGCAUGAGCUGCGGAUUCACAACCUGGUGCUGGAUUCAGACACAGCCCCCGGUUGGUUCAUGGCGAUUGUCUACUUCUUGUACUUGUUGAAGGUGGCCUUCUUUUUCGAGAACCCCGAAAAACCGCCCUCACAAGAGAUCCUCCCUGCCACAGCAGAACCUGCAGCCGAGAACCGGGAAUCCUUGUGGACCACGGGCUUCCUUUUAUGCCUGUUGGCAGGUUUUGCCGGAAAAAUGACUAACAUUGGAUGCACGGUCUACUUCACGCAACUUUCACAGCGCACCUGGCACUGGAGCCUAGCCCUCAGCUCAUGGGCUCUCGCAGGGCUGAUGGCUGUCGUGUGCGUCUUGUCGCUGGGUAGCAGCCGGCUUGCCAAGCUCGUGGAGGACAGGAGCGGCCUCCAGCUCAGUGCACUCUCUACUGCCAUCUUCUCGAUACUUGCCUUCCGGUUCAUGCCGAACUGGUCUACGGCAACGAUGGCACUGACGCUCGCCGGUUUGCUGCUGAUCCUGACUGCAAGCAGUGUCGUCAAGAACUACGCAUAUGCACUGACGUCCAAGAUCGUGGCACCGGACUUGAAGGAUCGAGCUUCAUCGUGGCUUAUGCUAGCGAUGACCCUGGGUCGAGGGGUAGGGGCGCAACUUGGCGUCGUGUUCACUCCCGUUUGGUUUGCAGGUACCAUGCUGGGCACAUACCUUUUGCUGUUUGCUUUCGUGUCUGUCUUCCGAUCUCAGAUGAAGCAACAUGCCAGGGCCGUCUAG